GAGCAGCAGCAGCAGCAGCAGGAGCGGCCGCAGCCUGGGCCCGGAGCAGCAUUCCUCUGCUCUGCCGGUGAGCCAUGAGCAUGCCACCGCUCCGGCCUCCUCGCCCCAGCCUCACCGACACUUGUUCACCACCAGCAAGAUGUAUUUCAACCGGAGAGCUAAGAAGAUACACAGUGAGGGAGCCUCGCCUCUCUCUCAUCAAUCCAACGGUGCAGGACCUGCUUGCUCGUCCGCCGGUUACCGCAAGGCAGAUGAUGAGAUGUCCGGCACCACUUCCCAGGCGGAUCCCGUAGACGCCACGGCGCGGACGGUGCUGCUCAACCGCCCACAGAAUACCAAGUUCUGCGACAACCAUGUCAGUACUACCAAAUAUGGGGUUCUCACCUUUCUGCCCCGGUUCCUCUAUGAGCAGAUCAGGCGGGCUGCCAACGCCUUCUUCCUGUUCAUCGCACUCAUGCAGCAAAUCCCUGACGUAUCACCGACCGGUCGCUACACGACACUGGUCCCACUCAUCUUCAUCCUCACCGUGGCUGGAAUCAAAGAGAUCAUAGAGGACUAUAAAAGACACAAAGCAGACAACACAGUCAACAAGAAGAAGACAACAGUGCUACGGAACGGAGCCUGGCAGACAAUCAUCUGGAAACAGGUGGCAGUAGGCGAUAUAGUGAAGGUGACCAAUGGCCAGCACCUUCCAGCUGACAUGGUUAUAGUGUCCUCCAGUGAGCCGCAGGCCAUGUGUUACACUGAGACCUCAAACCUGGAUGGAGAAACCAACCUAAAGAUCAGACAGGGUCUCUCGCUCACAGCUGGUGUUCAGACUCUGGAGGAUUUGAUGGCACUGUCUGGUCGCUUGGAGUGUGAAGGCCCCAACCGACACCUGUAUGACUUUACUGGCACACUGCGGUUGGAGAACCAGAAUCCAGCUCCCCUGGGCCCAGACCAGGUUUUGCUGCGUGGUGCCCAGCUCAGGAACACUCAGUGGGUUUUGGGAAUUGUCGUCUACACUGGCCAUGACUCCAAACUGAUGCAGAACUCCACGAAGGCGCCACUGAAGCGCUCUAAUGUGGAGCGGGUGACCAACAUGCAGAUCCUGGUCCUGUUUGGUAUCCUGCUGGUCAUGGCUCUGGUCAGUUCUGUUGGUGCUGCAAUCUGGAACAGAGAACACACUGAAGAUGCCUGCUGGUACCUGUCCCGGGCUGGUGACAUCUCCACAAACUUUGCAUACAACCUGCUGACGUUCAUCAUCCUGUACAACAACCUGAUCCCCAUCAGCCUGCUGGUCACCCUGGAGGUGGUAAAGUUUACACAGGCCCUCUUCAUCAACUGGGACGUGGAGAUGUACUACUCAGAGACAGACACACCGGCCAUGGCUCGAACGUCCAAUCUUAAUGAAGAACUGGGCCAGGUGAAGUAUCUCUUUUCCGACAAGACGGGAACUCUGACCUGUAAUGUCAUGCACUUUAAGAAGUGUACCAUUGCGGGAAUAACAUAUGGCCAUUUCCCUGAUCUUGACUGUGAUCGUUCAAUGGAGGACUUCAGCAAUCUGCCGUCCAACAGCAAUAACUCUACAGAGUUUGAUGACCCUACUCUCAUACAAAACAUUGAGAAGAAUCAUCCUACAUCCCCUCAGAUCUGUGAGUUUUUGACAAUGAUGGCAGUGUGCCACACGGUGGUACCAGAGAGAGAGGGCAACCAGAUCAUCUACCAGGCCUCUUCGCCAGAUGAAGGAGCACUGGUCAAAGGGGCCAAAGGACUUGGCUUUAUAUUCACUGCAAGGACACCACACUCAGUCAUCAUUGAUGCUAGAGGAAAAGAGAUGAGCUAUGAGCUGCUGAAUGUGCUGGAGUUUUCCAGUAACCGCAAACGCAUGUCUGUGGUGGUCAGGACCCCUAACGGGAAGCUACGGCUGUACUGCAAAGGAGCUGAUAAUGUCAUUUUUGACCGUCUGACUGAGGCGUCGCAGUACAAAGAAAUAACUGUUGCUCAUUUGGAACAGUUUGCUACUGAAGGCCUGAGGACUCUGUGUUUUGCCUAUGUGGACCUGGAGGAAGGCGCCUACCAGGAGUGGCUAAAGGAAUAUAAUCGGGUCAGCACUAUACUCAAGGACCGCGCUCAGAAACUAGAGGAGUGUUAUGAACUGCUGGAAAAGAACUUAAUGCUGUUGGGCGCCACAGCCAUAGAGGACCGUCUCCAGGCUGGCGUGCCAGAGACCAUCGCCACUCUGAUGAGGGCUGACAUUAAGAUCUGGGUCCUCACUGGAGACAAGCAGGAGACUGCCAUCAACAUAGGUUACUCCUGCCGUCUGGUGACACAUGGCAUGUCCCUCAUCAUCGUCAAUGAGGACUCUCUGGAUGCUACUCGUGCUGCACUGACAGUUCACUGUUCGUCGCUAGGUGACUCUCUGAGGAAGGAAAAUGAGCUGGCACUGAUCAUCGAUGGUCAGACACUGAAAUAUGCGCUGUCCUUCGAGCUCCGCCAGGCCUUCCUCGACUUGGCUUUGUCCUGCAAGGCUGUCAUCUGCUGCCGAGUGUCUCCACUGCAGAAGUCAGAGAUUGUGGAUAUGGUGAAGAAACACGUGAAAGCCAUCACGCUGGCAAUAGGUGACGGUGCGAAUGACGUUGGCAUGAUACAGACAGCUCAUGUCGGAGUGGGGAUCAGCGGCAACGAGGGCAUGCAGGCCACCAACUCUUCUGACUACUCCAUAGCACAGUUCUCCUACCUAGAGAAGCUGCUAUUGGUCCAUGGGGCAUGGAGCUACAACCGUGUCACUAAAUGCAUCCUCUACUGUUUCUAUAAGAAUGUGGUGCUCUACAUUAUAGAGCUCUGGUUUGCCUUUGUGAACGGGUUCUCUGGCCAGAUCCUUUUUGAGCGCUGGUGUAUAGGCCUCUACAACGUGAUAUUUACUGCACUGCCUCCGUUCACUUUGGGGAUAUUUGACCGGCCGUGCAGCCAGCAGAACAUGCUCAGAUUCCCGCAGCUCUACCGAAUCACCCAGAAUGCCGAGGGCUUCAACACCAAGGUGUUUUGGGGACAUUGUAUCAAUGCACUGAUUCAUUCAAUUAUUCUCUUUUGGUUUCCGCUCAAAAUGCUAGAGCAUGACUCUCCCUUCAAUAACGGUCAAGGAAAUGACUACCUGUUUGUAGGAAAUAUGGUCUACACAUAUGUGGUAGUUACAGUGUGUCUGAAAGCUGGAAUGGAGACCACCGCUUGGACCAGGUUUUCCCACCUGGCGGUAUGGGGAAGCAUGGUGCUCUGGAUGGUCUUCUUCGCUGUCUACUCAGCCAUCUGGCCCACGAUCCCCAUUGCCCCAGACAUGCUGGGCCAGGCUGGCAGGGUGAUGCAGUGCUGGCACUUCUGGAUGGGUCUGGUCCUGGUGCCUACUGCUUGUUUACUCAAAGACUUUGCUUGGACUGCCACACGUCGCACUGUGAGGAAGUCUCUUUUAGAAGAGGUGCAGGAGUUGGAGGCUCGGGCCGUCGACCCAGGGGCAGCUGUACUUAGGGAUGCCAGUGGCCGCAGUCUAAACGAACGAGCCCAUCUGCUGACAAGAGUCUUUAGGAAAACCCCUUCAAGUGUAGGACGCUCAAACUCGGUGCAGCAGACUGUGUCACAUGGCUAUGCCUUCUCUCAGGAGGAGCACGGCGUGGUGUCCCAAUCCCAGGUAGUGCGCUCCUAUGACACCACCCGCCAGCGCCCCAGCCUCUAGGCCAUACCCCUGACCAAAGCUUUGGCUCACCGUAGCAACGGUUGUCGAGGUGACAGCAGAGACAGACUUAUGAGACACCCUCACACUGUGUGACCGACCCCUGCUGUGGCCUUACUGGAGCUAUGACCUGACCCCUCGUCGGGGGUGGGGGUCAUGGUCAGGCAUGGAGGCCGUCGAUGGCACGUGGAGGACUGACUUGAGAGAAGGGACCAGGCAGAAUAUACGGAAUAAACUUUCUUCAGAUUUACACAAGCUGCACAGGCAUGAGCAAUCUUUUCCACGCACAGACAUGACAAGUCAAACUCAGACUUCUACUCAUAUCUGUAUACCCCUCAGACUGGGUUUGGAUCAUGCAACUGUGUGUGUGUGUGUGUGUGUGUGUGUGUGUGUGUGUGUGUGUGUGUGUGUGUGUGUGUGUGUGUGUGUGUGUGUGUGUGUGUGUGUGUGUGUGUGUGUGUGUGUGUGUGUGUGCGUGCGCACGUGUGCACAUUCCAGUGCGUUUGUGCCUGCCUGUGCAUGUAUGUCUGCACGCAUUGGCGCUUCUGUGUUUUUGUGCAUGUGUGUGUUGGUCCGCGUGUGUUUGUGUGUUCGCUUCCAUGGUUUCUGCUCAUCUUGCUCUCGUGAGGUGAGUUUAGCUCAACUGUCAUCACAUGCUGGUGUGGGAGGGGAAGGCACAUCAGAAUAAACACACACACACUCACUCACACACGUGCACGCAGAU